GGCAGUGCAGACCUUUAAUUCGUUAACGCCAAGUGAAACACAGCGUGAAAUAAAUUCGACGCCAGAAAAGUUUUCUGUUCAUGCGACGAUGGAGUCCAGAAUUCUUCUUCUGGUUGUUCUGACGAUCGGAUGUCUCGGUGAAGUUGAUGGCAUAUGGUGUUAUCGAUGUGUGUCCCUCACGAAGCCCAGCUGCACUGCUGGGACAGGUCUGCUCCUGAUUAAUUGUCCGGCUCACAUUGAGCAUUGUUCUACCUACGUGUCUUUCGCUCGCGACAACACAGAUCAUCUGGUAGUCCGUGACUGUGGAGUUGCUGAGAUCAACAGGUGUACCACAAAGGUCGUAGAUAACCAUGACACCAUCUCCUGCUUCCGGUCAUGUGAUCAAGAUGGCUGCAAUGGCUACCCGUUGCAAGGGACGCAUUCUUACAAUCGGCCAAUAUCGGAGACUGUAGUUUAAACGUGUCAAAUACACAUUAGACAUUAUCAAAGCAAGGGCAUGUACGGUAUUCGCACAAAUAAAUCAGUGGCAUGAA